CUCGGGUGACAACUGAGCAAGAAACACUUCGGGAAACGAAGCCACUACCACUGAGGGUAACAUGUUUCUGCAAAAACUGAUGGUGUAUUUGUCGACAGCAUAUCUGUUGUGCUUUUUGAUUGGAAUAAACGCCCUACUUAAGAUCGUAGGUUUCAUCUCGCCGAGCCUCUCAAAGAAGAUCAUCCUUAAAAUGGGCGAAAAGACCACGAUGACCCAGAACCCAAACUUUAAGUAUGAAGAUUGGGGUCAGACGUUCUGCUCAUUGGUGUUCGUUAAAACAGCCUCUCUGCACUUGUGGUUGUCGCUUGGACAAGAAGCAUUUGAGGGAGGAAAAGCUCCGGACUCACCUGUGGUCACCAUGGAGGGACAGAAGACAAGUGUCUGCAAGUUCUUGAAAGGUAACAGACCACUGGUGCUCAGUUUCGGGAGUUGCACCUGACCCCCGUUUAUCUACAAACUUGAGGAGUUCAGGCAACUCGUCAAGGACUUCAGCGAUGUGGCUGACUUUCUUGUGAUUUACAUCGCAGAGGCCCAUUCAACUGAUGGUUGGGCCUUUACUAACAACUAUGACAUCAACCAGCACCAGAGCCUGGAGGACAGGCUGUCUGCAGCCCGGAUCCUUGUUCAGAAGGAGCCCUUGUGUCCUGUGGUUGUGGACGAAAUGGAUGAUACUGCUGCUAUGAAGUAUGGUGCUCUGCCCGAGAGGCUUUACAUAUUGCAGGCUGGGAAAGUAGUGUAUAAGGGUACUGUGGGGCCUUGGGGAUACAAUCCAACGGAGGUGCGAUCAUUUCUGGAAAAGAUGAAGUAAGAGUUCAAGUCCAGCCAUGUGUUUUCCAUCCGACUGUUCUUAUUAAGAGAGGUCUCUGAGUUCAGGAGGGAAUGGGAGCGUCAGACCAACAUCACUCGUAUAACAGGAAACCAUACUGCUUUUUGUGUUUUUCCAAGACUUGAAUGAAUCCACUGUCACAUCUAUAUGUAGUUCGUAUGUACGUGUAUGUGUAUGUAUGUAGCUCUAGCUGCUCUCUUUCAUUUCCGACAUCAAUAGCUGCAUGAGUUGCAUAUUACAGACCAUCCAAACAUGCACUAAUAUUCAAACUCUCCUGUACGAUGAAAACCUAUCUCAACUGACAAUCUCUGAGCUGGAGUUCAACGCUCUGUGUUUCUUAGUGACGGCUACAGUUUAAACCGUUGGCCUCUGUAGCCCGAUGAAGUGAAACACAUAGACAGUGCAGUCAAGAGCUUAUCUUUUGAGUUAUCACAAAAUGUACAUGAGAGGAAACUUUUCAACAAACCGCUGUUUCUACAGUUUAGAAGAUUUAACCCAAUAAAAGUCUUUGUUUUUCUGCUCUUCUCUGACAGGUUCAAAUUAUCAUUCACAUUGUGAAGCGUAUUAAACACUGUAGUUUUCAGUUACCUACGAAUGCUCCAAGGUCAUUUUGCUGGAGGUUACUUUUUACAUGAAGAUAGCAGUGCAAACCGUCAGGUAACUGUGAUCUGAUGAAAUUCAAAAAGUAGACUUUCUCUUGAUUAUGUUGGAGCAUUUGUGAAUUUACAGAACUACUAAGCAUCUUUCGAAACAGUUUUUGAAUGCUCUUGUAUACAAAGAAGUCUGCUUCGUUCUGUAAUAAAAAAAAAUAACCUGGAGACUCUUGCAUCUGUAUCUUAAUUUGUUUGCAACAUGCACCUAUCAGCCUUAACAGGAUUACCUAUGUUAUCUAAUACAAUACAAAACUUUUACUUAAAUUCUACUUUUACAAAGCUUCUGCAUUCUCAGCUUUUGUUGACAUGGUCAGAAAGGUGAUUAUUUUACUUUAUAUUUAUUAUUGAAGCCGUAGUAUUUGGGGACACUGGUGUUCUAGAGUAUUUUGCCCACUCCAUUAACAUCAACAGAGGGGGUUCUUGUCAACAGGCAAGGCAGACAACUGCUUGGGGCCCCAGGCCAGUAAGAAAAAUGGUGUGCUAUGAUUUGCAGUGAGUCUGUAGUUGCAGUGACUCCUCCUACCUCUCUUUGUUCUAGUAUAACAAAAUAAGAUUGUCUUCAAUGCUAAACUAGUGUUCCUUUUCACAUUCUGUUUCUCCAUAGAAAAGGCUGCAGGGAUUCAUUGUUGACACAUACAGGCUUUUUUUAACCAGCCUUUUUUUAUCCGGCUGCCAUUUGCUGUCUUGUCUGGAAGUGGUAAACAUACUGUAUAACGGUCAUGCUGGUUUAACCAAGCCAAACAUACAUGUGUGUUGUGGAUUGUGGCAUGAAGUCCCUGACGCGAGUUAAUAUUUAACUGUUUAAUCUCUGCACAUCGAUUCAUUUAGUCUUCCAUUAAAUUGCUGAAAAUGGUUUUCCUCUCUGUUGUUGUAAUAGCUCCAUAAGGUUACAUAACCAUUCAAAUCAAACGGAGUGUGUUUGCUUUUCAAAUCAUGUUUUAUCGAUGGAAGUCUAUAUACUUUGGGAAUUGGCAUAAAGGGGAUUGCAUCUAUUUUGAUUUUUAAAAAAUUACAAAGAUGCAUUUGUACUUUUUCCUGAAAGUAAGAAUAGCUGUGAAAAAAUGUUUUUAUCUAUUUUCUUUUAUCUUCUUCACACAACUCUACAUCACAAACCGGCUAAAGCAUUUGGGUGCAUUUUUAUCUCCAAAUAUUUUAUUGUUUCAUGCAAUAAAAUGACAGCAUAUGCUUUUUAUGCCUUGACUUGA